CUUAUUGGAAGACAAGAUGCCUCUGAAUUUCUUCGUUAUAUUCGGGCUCAUAGAGUUACGGAGAUGGUGGGGAAAGGACCAUACACCAUUUUUGUCCCACAUGCUGAUUAUCUACAGAAAACGACCACAUUUGCAGAAUGGGAAAAAGCUGGCUGCAUCAAAGAUCUGCUUCGCUAUCACACAGUUAUCUGUCAGAUGCUCCUAUCAGAUGAUUUGGAAUCACAGGAUUCUAUAACAGCUUUAUCUGGUCACAAAAUCAGAGUUUCUGUGAAAGAGAACAGUCUGUAUUUAAAUGAUGAAGUAAAGAUAAUUGAAAGUGACAUUACUCGAGAGAAUGGAGUCAUACAUUUUAUUGAUGGGAUCUUAGCCCCAUAUGACCUGCAGCACCACAGCAUUCCAUGCAACCAAUCAGAGAAAACUAUUAUAGAAGUUGCAGAGGCUCAUGGAUAUAAUAUAUACAGCAAGCUUCUAAAGGAAACAGGACUUCUUAACCUGGUCAAUAAUACCCUUCAUCAGCCAUUUACCAUGCUGUGGCCAACUGAUGAAGCCUUUAAUUCUCUUCCUGCUGAAAUGCAACAAUGGCUAUAUCACAAAGACCACAGGAGCAAACUGUCUGCUUAUCUCAAAGGGCACAUGGUCCGGGACAUAAAGGUCUUGGCUUCCAAACUGACAGAGUUGUCAUCUUUGAGGACUUUGCACGGCUCAACCAUUUCAUUUAGCUGCAGCAAAACAAAUGCUGGGGAUAUUGUGGUAGACAAUGGCAAUGCAAAAAUUGUCCAGCGGUAUAUGGAAUUCAAUGUGGGCAUUGCUUAUGGAACUGAUCACCUUCUUGAGCCUCCAGAUUUGGGAUCCCGUUGUGAUGAAUUUCAAACAGUUGAGAUUUCACAUUCUCUAGAUCAGGGGUCCCCAACCCUUGAUCUGUGGCCCAGUACCAUUCCUCGAUAUGCCAGCAACUGGUCCACACAAACAAGUGAAGCCCCUUCCAUGGGAUGCAAUCAGCAUGCAAAACCACGCCCCCUUCAGUCCAUGGAAAAACCUUUUUCCACCGAAUUGGUCCGUGGUGCCAAAAACGUUGGGUCUGCUGCUCUGGAUAAAAAGAAGACUUUUAGUUAA